CCAAAAAAAAAAAAAGCGUGAAAGCAAACAGGAGCAUGGGGGAGGAAGAGACAGGCACAGCGAUUCCAACGCCGUUACUGCCGGAACCUCCACGGAGAACAGUGAGCUUUUGCUUUAGGUAGGGGCAUUGCCCUGCUCCCUCUAGGCUAGCCACUGUAGAGUCAUCAUCGCCGCUGCUACCCUGCUCUGCUGCUGCUGCCGCCGCCAGUGCGCUUUUAUGUGCAGCACUCUCCACAGCUCCUGCUGCCAGCGUUCGGCAGGCCGGAGCUGCAGGCUGGAGCUGAGUGCAAAAACACUAUUACGGUAUUACCUGGUGGCGAGACCUGCUGGAGCUGGAAGGACGCUGGAGUGCUAUAUCACCGCUUCACCAGCCGAACGCAGAGCAGAGCACAGCAGGAGUUAAAAGGAGUUCACGCAGAGCAACAACUACACUGCCAUUGUUUGCAGCUCGCGGCGGCUCCAAGAAGAAGCGGAUCUCCUCUCCGUGGGCAACCAGUUUGAAGAUGGAGAUGGAGAAGCGGCGCUGCGGUGGUUUGGGUGCGCUCUGCCUCCUCUGUGCCGCCGUCUUGGCGUGUUUGCUGCCGCAGCCCGCCGGAGCGGCCGAUGCCAAGUGGCACGGCAAUCCCGGUCCCGGGCGGCACGAUCCUGACGGCACCCCAGCUGCGCACCACGCCGCCCACCCGCCGCUCUCGGCGCCGCCUCCCACCGCGGGGGCCGACCUGCCGCCGCCCCAGCCCGCCCCGCACUUCGGCUUCCCGCUGCAGCCCACGCUCGGCUCCGCGCCGGCCCCCACCGCCGCCGCCGGCGAGGGGUACCCUUUCAUCGGCAGCAACCCGACGGUGCCGCUGCCCACCGGCAUGACGGACACCGCCACCGUGCUCCCGCUUCCCGACAACGGGGACGCAACCGGCACCAAGGUGGUGGGGCUGGCAGCGACCGUUCGUGUUCACGUCUCCAUGAUUGGGCUUGGGGUUAUCUUCGCUAUCGUCUUCUUGAUCACCAGCUGCUAAUUGGUCUUGAAUCUAGUCACAUCAACUGUUGAAAUGACAUGAUCACAUGAAUGAACUAAUCUAGAUAUUUUUAGCGUUCGCCUACCUGUAAAUUUGAUCGCAUUAUGUUUUACUUUGUCGUUGCUAAUGGUCACAGUAUCACUUCUAAAUUUUUCAUU